UCUACGCACGAGCGCGCGCAGAUGCAAACGACAUCCAUCUCUUUCCUCCUUCCACACGAUGCCCAUGCUUUGGCUGCUUCUCCUCCAGCUCGCCUCCGUUCUGCGCUCAGCCAGCGGCAGCGGCAACACGAGCUGCACGGAGGAGUCAUGCGGCGACCUGACCAUCAGGUUCCCCUUCUCCCUCGCCGGCGCGCAGCCGCUCUACUGCGGUUACCCGGUCUUCGACCUCACCUGCGACGCCGGUCGUGGCCAGGCGUACCUGAGCAGGACGUUCAGGGAGCGCCUCUUCCACGUCGCCGACAUAUCCUACGCAAGCAACACCAUGGUGGCCGCCAUCGCCGGCAACGGCGGCUGCCCCGUCCCCGACUUCAACGUGUCAGGCAGCCUCGCCCUCUUCCCGUUCACGAUCAGCGCGGCCAACAAUCGCCUCGUGUUCUUCUACGACUGCCAGGUGCCGCCCGAGUUCCGGCUGCCGCUGCUGCCGCGGCUGUGUGGCAACCGCACGGUAGGAGCUUACAUUUCCGGUUCUUGGGGCGAAGGGGACACGCUGCCGCGGGGUAUCCCGGCGAACUGCAGCUCGGUGAGCGUUCCAGUGCGUGGCGGAAUGGAGCCGGUUAAUCUGCUGUACUAUGAGCUGCUGAUGGCCGACGGGUUCCUCCUGGACCUGCCGCCGCAGCUAGGAGACUGCGAUGGCUGCAGACGGGUGAGCGGGGAGUGCAGGUUGAAUCGACUACUCUCCUUCAUGUGCGUCUGCCCCGACGGGAAGCUCUGCCCCAGUUUUGCCCAAUCCAACUCAACUACUCAUCCAGAUAGAGGAAAUUUUAAGCUCAAGAUCAUUGGGACAGGAAUCGCAACGGCUCUGCUUAGUCUCGUUGUACUGAGCAUUGUCUGCAUGGUCCACAAUGUCCGAAGGAAGAGAAAGCGAUCUACUUCACUUGAUGGUCUCACCAUCGAUGGAGGCUCGCCGCUAGCAUCACCCAAGAAGGAGUUCACCCUCGCAGGUUCACUGCUUACCCAUAUCUUCACCUACGAGGAGCUUGACAAGGCCACUGACGGCUUUAGCAACACACGUGUGCUUGGGUCCGGUGGUUUUGGGACAGUCUACAAAGGGAUUCUCCGGGACGGCAGCGUGGUGGCGGUAAAGCGCCUGUACAAGAACAGUUACAAGAGUGUGGAGCAGUUCGAAAACGAGGUGGAUAUCCUCUCGCGGCUGCGCCACCCCAACCUGGUCGCGUUCUAUGGCUGCAACUCCUCCUCCCAGGGCAGCUGCUGCCGCGACCUCCUCCUCGCCUAUGAGUUCGUCCCUAAUGGCACCCUCGCUGACCAUCUCCACUGCGGCGGUGAGGCGCCCCUCCUCGCAUGGCCAACCCGCCUCAAUAUCGCCGUCGAGGUGGCUGGUGCGCUGGCCUAUCUUCAUGCGCGCCAGGUCCUGCACCGUGAUGUCAAGACCAGCAACAUCCUCCUCGACGAAGAGUUCCAUGUGAAGCUGGCUGACUUCGGGCUGUCCCGGCUGUUCGCUGCCGAUGCCACCCACGUCUCGACGGCGCCGCAGGGCACGCCGGGAUACGUCGACCCAGCGUACCACCACAGGUACCAGCUCACCGACAAGAGCGACGUGUACAGUUUCGGCGUGGUGCUCGUGGAACUCAUCUCCUCCAAGCCGGCGGUGGACAUGACCAGGGCCGGCGCCGACGUGAACCUGGCCAGCAUGGCCGUGCGCAUGAUACAGUGCUGCGAGAUAGACCGGCUGGUGGACCCACGGCUCGGGUACGGGUCGGCGAGCGAGACGAUGAAGACGGUGGACCUCGUGGCCGAGGUAGCAUUCCGGUGCCUGCAGCCGGAGCAGGACGUGCGGCCGUGCAUCAGUGAGGUGUUGGACGUGCUCAGAGAGGCGCACCAGAGGAUGAUGGAGAAGGAAGGCUGCGCCAAUAGGGAUGACAUAGUGUUGCUGAAGAAGAGCAGGGACGCCUCGCCUGACUCCGUCAUGCACCAGUGGAUCAGUCCAGCCACGACCUUUAAUCACAGCACCUGACACUAGCUGUUCACCAAGUUAAUUAUUGGACGUAUGUUGAUCUAUGCAUCUAAUUUACUGGGAACUACAUAUGUACUUAGCAGCCACAAAAAUUAAAAUUGGUAUGAAGUUGCUGGCACAUUCGAAGAAUUAUAUUGUCCAAAGUAAA